AUGGCUGCAGCCCGGCCAGAAAAUGGCAGCAAGCAGGCCAGCACGACGCUCCAGUCGAUGCAACGUCCAAAACCGCCCCACCAGCCAGCACCACCGUCGCCAUCCGACCGCUAUCCAACGAUCCUUUUGAAUGCACGGAAACAGGUUGCCCGGUCCCCAGUGCCCCACGUGGUACGCCGGCUAGCCCCGGCCCAACCGCGUCGCCAUGUCCCUGCGGUCCCGUCGGUGCUCACUGGCAACGGUAAUGGCGGUGCGGCGGUGCUAAUCAGUGCGGAUAAUCUACGCCGCACCGUGUACGCAACGGUUCCUUCCGUGUCGCUGCACGCGACCGCUGGCGGUGCCAAUGGGCUGGCAAACACAAUCGUAAGCUUUGCGGGUAAACAGGCGAUCACGAUCCCCGUACAGUCACCGAAUGUUCUAGCAUCGGCGGUACGGCCCACAGUUCCUACGCCACCCGCUACCAUUUACAAGCUGGUAAACGCGACCAGCGGUGGACCAAUCGGACGGAAACGGAUGCCACAACUCGCACCCAAACCGGCAGCGAAAAAUAAUGAGCAACCGUUAUUACCUUCCCAGCAGCAGCAUGAACAGAAACCUACGAUCAGCGCACCGAAUGCUUCUACCGUGCAGUACAAUAAUGCUCCCGGUUGGCGGCGGAUUCUACGCAAUAAAGUAAUCGUUUACAUUAGCCCUUCCAACACUGUGCUUCACAAUUACGAGCAGGUAAAGGAAUAUUUGCUGUCUUCCGGUACGUGCAAAUGUGGGUUGCCAUGUCCGUUCAAUCCGGAACUGUUCUUUCAAUUCGACGCGCAGAUUCCCAACAAGACGAUGGCUUCAAACAACCAAGAAGUAUUAUGUGCACACCUUCAACGGGCCAUAACCGGACCGGAGCGUUCGAAACGACUGCACGAGGAAACGACACCAUCCGAGAAUACCGCCCAGGAACCGACGGUACAGAGUGCUGUGCUGCUUAAAACGCCCCCAUGGCGGAAGAAUGUUCCUAUGAUCGUUUCUUCACCUCAAACGACCCCCGUGACAGAAAUGGCUUUAAACUCAACGCCUAUUGCGCGUCUUACCAAGUCAAGCGAUGUGAUAAGCGCACCAUUCGCACCUUCCCCGUCCGAUGCGAGCGUAAGCGAGAGUGCCCGGGAUAGUCCGGAACAGAAGAAACCAACCUUCAAGGAUGAUCCAACCGGCUACCUGAACCAGCAGACAGCCAUCCUGCACAGUUCAAUAUCGUUCCUGCAUUCACCCGAUCGCCGAUCGCCUUUGCCGUUGCUGGGUGGGCUUAGCCCUAAGCUGGGCGAUACAAGCCCGGUCACAAAACCAUCACCACCGAAGGAAGAUCGUAGCGCGAUCGUAAGCCGCCAGCGGACGGUCAAUCGCACCAUACCGAUAGCGGUUGGGUCGCACCCGACGAUAGAACCGCAGGCAAAAAUUUCCUCCCUUACGGGGGUGGUAAAGUACGAAACAAAACCGCCGAGCGUAUCCACAAAGUCAUCGCCACCGGCUAGUGCCGGCAGUAUUAAAUCGUCCGGUACGAACAAUGCGUCCAAAACACUACACCCGAUAGCUCGCCUAGCGACCGGUGAACGGGGAAAAAUGGCUUACAACAUGAAAGCGAACAAUGCGGCCCGCACACCGCACGGUACGGAUCAAUGUUCAUCACCAAAGGUGCCAAAGAUGAACCAUUCGCCCGCGAGUGAAACGCUACCGUGUCCGAUAACGACCACCACCACGACGACGACCACAACGAUAGCGCGAACGAACCCAAUCACAGCACCGACCACAACCGGGACGAUGUUCGUACCGACGCGCUCGUCCCACGUUAUCAACGCGGGUGGUGCGCAAAUAGUCGUCAUUGAUGGUUUGCAGCAUUCGGCCAUCGGUGCCGGUGCGGAGCUGCCAGGUCGGGUGCGCAUUGGUGGGUUUGCACCGGUACGUCAUCAGCAGCAAACACCCGGUAUGGUGCCGUCUGUGACAAAACCGGGAAUCCACCAGCAACCGACCGUCGUCAAUUACAGUCUAGCGCGUGCACCGAACGGAACGGCACCGGUACCGGUUCCGGUAAGCGCACUAUCCACAACACCAAUGCCAACCACUACGACCGGUGCGAUGCUUCUGAACGGUACGAAUAUUAUUCACCUAAGCAAUGGGUUGUCAGCGCCUACGUUUCAUGGUGGUUUGCUCGCACCCGAUGCGUCCAACCCUACGGGCACAAAUCCAUGCCUUCACCAGGUUAGCCCGACAGCAAGCAAAGCUUCACUAACGCUGCCGAACGGAACGCUCGGUUUAGCUUCCGGGUCGACGGUCGUACUCAAUCCCACCACGAGCAUUCGGUUUGCCGAUAAUGCCAGCUUCACAACGCCCGGUGGCUUCUCGACCGCAUCUAACACCUACCACUACAGCCCAUGCACAACCGUACAAGGGACGGACACGGUCAGCCUGGACGUAACCGGUGCACGGAAGGUGAAACGGCAGCUAAAACCGCUCAACGGCACAACGAGCAGCUUAGCGAGUGGGCUGGUGCUACCGGCAACAUCGGUAGCGGCACUGGCCCAACCGCAACCGGCCACCUUCCAGCAGCAGCUGCAACCGGGACCGUUCGUACAGAUUGCCUCACCGUACGGUGGCCUGCAGAACAUUCAGCUCGCCUCGAGCUUAUCGGGCAUUACCGUGGUGCCUGUAUCGAAGGCAACCCCGCUCGUGCAACAGCAUCAACCUCACCAGCAGCAACACCACCAACAACCGUACGGUUUGCUCGGACAAACGCAAACCAUCCUGCUGCCGGCCGGCAGCAUGGUGAUGGCAUCGGAUGCAAACACCGCAACGGCAACGCUGCUACAAAUACAGAACAUGGCACCGUGCGGUGGUAACGCAUCGCUACUAGCUGGCCAAACCGGUCUCGUCCUUCGUCAACCGAAACCACCGUCCACCGCCGGAUUCAUCUCGACCGUGGGCCAACAGUCGUACCUGAUCGGUGCUAAUGGAACCACCGGUACGGCACGUGCCCCCACCGUUAGCCAACGUUGCCCGAUUGCCAGCACCGGCACCGGUACGGCGCUCUUUGGCAACGGCGGCGGUCUCGGUAUCGUUACCGCCACCCCAUCGCUACCAGUCGCUAACCUUACGAUGCAGCAACCGCAACAGCUUUCGCUUGUGCCACCCUCGCCUACGAACCGUACCGAUCCGGCACCUCAAACACCAACAAAGUUAGUCGAUGGUACAACCCAUCUUACCAGCACGGUACUGUUACAUCCCGACAUCACAACACCCCACAACAAUCAACCGGAAUGUAGCGCGGAGAAUGGGAACGAUACGAAACCCGCUGGUGGUGAUGGUAUGGCAGGGCGUACCGAGCUUAAAGCGAAUUGUGUUUCCAUCUCCGAAACCGAGGUGCCUGGGAUGCCGUUCACUCUCAAGGGUCCGCUACUUGCUGAGCAGCAGAAAAAGCAGCAGGGUCCUUUGGCGGAAUCAUCCAAUCGCACCGGAAGGAUUGUUUCGCCGGCAUCCGGAGGUCGUGCUGGUGGUAACAUCGUACGCCGUGGACCAUCGGUACAGGCUGUGAGUAAGCAAGACCGUGGCAAGUUAAGUAUCGCUAUACCACCGACCACGACCGAAGGUUCCACGUGCCUACUGACGGAUGUGCGCCCAGAGCAAAGCUAUGACGUUAAUGCUGCGUUGAGUCAAAAACCUUGCACCAAAAGCCGCACCAAGCGACGUUUGCUGCGGGGUCACAACGAUGCGGACGACCUGAUGCCAGCGGAACCGAAGGAACAGCAACGGGCGGGCGCAACGUGUCAGUUUCGCGUUGGCGAUCUGGUUUGGGGUGCGGUACGUGGAUUUCCGGCCUGGCCCGGUAAGGUGCUUCCGGCGCCAACGACGACGACGGCUGUUGGUUGCCAGGAAGCUUUAAAAGCAACACCAUCCGCCGAUGAUACGGUUGCACCACAGCCGAGCGCUGACUCUACACCGGACGCGAAUGUGGCACAGCAAGGCCACGUAUGGGUACGGUGGUUCGGUACGGGACGUGCCAGUGCGGAACGGGUCGAGGUUGGCACGCUGCAGAGCCUUUCCGAGGGUCUAGAGAUACAUCACCGAGCACAAAAGGAUGCGAGAAAGAGCCGUAAAUUAAACGCACAGCUCGAACAAGCUAUUCAGCAAGCGAUGCAGGAGCUUGACCAUGCGGCAACGUCGCCCGGGUUUAAUCGAUCCGGCUCUGAUCCCGACAAACAGCAGCGCCGUCGGCACCAGCGUCGCCAACCGACCUGUAAGCGGCAUCGUACCGUCGCUAUCACCGGCAAUAACACUACCGGCAGCGUCAACAGCAACAUGUGCAAUAGAAAAGGCGCUAGUAUGCGGUAUUUGCGCGGUAACAAAUUUAAAGCCAAAUCGUAAAACCAUCGAAGCAAAGCUCCGUGAAAUUAGCGGGAAAGGAUUCAAACGUAGCGCGGAGAAAACGCAGACGCAGGCGCUCUGUAACGUAACAUGACUGUUCUUAUUUUUGUUUUGUUUUUACUUGCUAGAUUGCGUAUCGCUCGACCGUAUCGUGGAAUGAAUUUCGCAACAACAACAGAAAAAAAACACCUAGUUUGUUGAUAAGUAAUUGUUAGAUGUGAAUAGGAUGCAUUCUCGUCCUUAUCCUUUGCGUAUUUGUGUUUGUCUCCAAUCACAACAAAACACAACCGCACACAACCAGUGACGCAACAAGCGCCACAAAUGUUUGUUACAUCGUUUGUUAACAUUUAUUCCAUAAUUCCUUAACACCGUUCAGCGUCGCACGAUUUUGACGCGACGUUGAAUGUGUUAAUAUUGUUAUUAUUCAGUUUUUAUUCGCAAACAAUUGAGUUGUUUUGCAUAACCGAUUCUUUCCUAGAAAGCAAAACAGUUCCGUUGGUUGUGGUUAGCUUUCAGUUUGAAAGUGUUUGUCUUUGUUCACUGUUUUAUUUUUGUUCACCUUAAUUCAUAACAAAUUUUGCGUAUGGCAUAAUAUCAAAAGUGUAUCAAAGUUCGUCAAUGUGCCCCACGUUUUCGUUGAUGUUAUUUUCCUAGCAAAAUUUUGAAAAAGCCUGUACUAAAUAAUACGAUUUAUCUAUCCAGAUGGGGAUAGAGAACGCGUGGACGGAACCGCAAACUGAUGUUUUGCGUGUGCAUCCAAGCAACUAAACUAAUGCAACCUUUUUUAUCGGCAGGCGUGAUGAAGCCUUUGCGGGCAAAAAUGUGGAGUAGUAAAUAUCGUUCAAACUAUCGCAAAAACCUUAUAUAGGAGCAAGCAAAUUGCAUCGAUGUUCGUUACCAAGGAGGGGUAAAACAAAGAGAAAGGAAAAUAAAUCAGCAUGAAUUCGCAAAAGUGAAAGGAGUAGGGGAAGGGGCUGGGGUCAAAAGAUAGAUAUAGGCAAAUAAAUAAUAUUAAGGACACGUACGAAGUAAGUCAGUAAGCAGACGAUUGUUGCAAAUGUUGUAUUUUAAGCAAAACAAAACCGGUUUAGUUUUCGACGUACAAUUACUUAAUUUAACAAAAUCUCGAAACCUUAAACAAAA